ACUGCUGAAGCAUUUGUACCAGCUCAGAUAUUGUAUGAUGCAUUUCAUGGAAGGUAUCACAAUUUUGCAGGAGCAAUAGUUCUACUAUUGCUCAGAGGGAUUGUUUAUAAGUAUCCUUACUUCCUAUCAGAUAAAGCUUUGAGAGAUGAUAACAGUGGUGAUGCUUUGCAACAUAUGGAUGGCGAUGAUAAAAAUUAUGAUGAAAGAGAGAGCCAUUUGUCUGAUAUGAAUUCAACCACACAUGAUGGGCAAAGUUCAAACUUCAAAACUAUUAAAUCAGCUCUGGUACAAGGAGUUAGGGCCCCCAAUAAAGUUAGAUUUCAAUUGCCAGGUGAAGCAGAGCUUUUGGAAGAAGUAGACAGCUUAUUAGAGGGACUCGGGCCUCGAUUUACUGAUUGGUGGGGGUUUGACCCUGUGCCUGUUGAUGCUGAUCUUUUACCUGCUGUUAUUCCUGGAUUUAGGCACCCUUUUCGCCUACUUCCAUAUGGUGUGAAGUCUAAUCUAACAGAUGAUGAAUUGACUUCAUUGAAGAGACUUGACAGACCUUUACCAUGCCAUUUUGCAUUAGAUUUGAGAAUAUAACCUUUAGGAGAAGAAAAUAUGAAGCCAAGGCGCGUGGAACGGUGCCAGUACACAUUAUUAUUUUUUAGGCUGCUGAUCGUGAUGAUAUAGGUGGUUCUGUUUAUGGCGGACAAAGAGCAAUCUGUUGCAUUUUUUCAAUUAUUUUGGAUUACUUACAUAAUUGCUAUCCUUUUCAUGGCUGUGUUGCUUUAGGUUCAUCUACGAUGGAUGACUUCACGUUAUGGUGUAUGAGGUUGUGUCCAUAUUCGCCGGAAGGGUGAUACUCGCGGUGAUUGGUUUUGCUUUCUGAUGACCCUUCACAGUGGUCAGGGUUGAUUAAAUGUUUUUGUGUUGUUGAAUCGAUCUGUGCGAGCAGAGAGUUUUUAGGGAGUCGAGUUCGACUGAGAUAUCUGUGGAGUGAGAGAAGACUGAGGUUUGAGAGAUAUCAGGGAUUGGAGGUGGACUCAUAAGUUGAGGGAAUUGUGGGAUUGAGGUGGCUCAAAGUUCCUAUUUUCCAAGCUUUUCAAAUGUGAAUCAUGGACCUGUGAUUCAAAUCUUACUGAUGUUUUUAGGGAAUCCACCUACACUGCACAAAUUGUUUGACAGUUUUACUGGGUUUCUCAAAUUCCUUUUGUUUAUGGGUUUCUCAAAUUCCUUUUGUUUAUGGGUUUCUCAUCUGUAUCUAAAUUCAAUAUGGCUUUGUUAUAUUUUAAUAUCUACAGGGGAAUCUUUCACUUAUUGGAUUGGGUUUACAUUGUAAAUGCUCACAUAAUCUCUGGUAUUAGAAUCGUGGGUGGACUAAAAUUUAAGGUCUGUAUCGAUAGGACAGCAAUACAACACUCCUCAUUCUGUAAGUUUUUUUUCAUGUUACCAUUCAUCAUUUUCAAGUUGCCAUUCACUUCAGCCGCAUCUUACAGGACAUACGUACGACAUCGCGAUGCAACCUGCAGAUCCGACUCACAUAUCUUUCAACAGCGGUUCAGGCGCAUUAGAACAGAGCCAAUAGUUUUCGUCGUUCAUCACAUACAACCUGCAAACGAACAACCAACAACAGCAUCAUCAUUCAAAGCAGAACAACAACCUUCAUCAUCACUAUCGGGCUUCUUAAUUAUUGCCCUGCUGAACUGGGAGGGAAAGUGUUGUAUGGUGGCAUUGUUAACAUCAGACGCAAUCCCGAAACUGGAGUCAAUGAAUUUAGGACUGACGCACCCUCCUACUACAUGCCCCAUUCCAUCUACUUUACUACAACUUAUUGAGAGCAUGGUAACAUUGACAGAUUGCACAGCCUGGAAGUUGUAUCAAGUUAUUGUUGAAUAUCUUCAAAAAAUUGAUCAAAAGUUGGAUGGUGCAAAGAGGGAUUGGCUUGCUAUUUAUGAUGAAUGUGCCUCUGUCUUAUAUCAGGUUGAAGCAAGAAAAUAUGUCCCUAGAGAUGAUCAGAACGUGUUUAGCAUAAGCAACAACAACACUCAUGGGUCGACGGGUCCUACUCCUAUCCGCACAAAGAAGCUAAUUGAAUAAAGGAAAGUCGUUGCUUCUGCAGCUACUCCUACAAUAUUAGAGGAGGCCAAUGCUACUGAAUGCAUAUUAAGAAAUUUAAGGUAAUGACUGCCCUUUGAUCGGAUCUUUUAUAAUAAAAGUAUGAAUAUGUCCAAAGAAUAUGAAUAUGUCACAAGAUGAGUAAGAAUAUGUCCAAAGUCACUAAAAGUAUGUCCAAAGUCACAAGCAGAUCCUGAUAAUGAUGUUUGUGAUGCUAAAAUUGAAGACUGUAAAUGUUCGAUCCAUUAUGGACAUCACGAGAAAGCUGAAAAGUUGAUUAAAUCACCUGGCAAGCAGGAAUCUCAAUCUGAAAAUGAGAGUGACAAAUCAGAUGUUGUGGAGCACAAUGUGAGUAUCUUUUAUCACUCAUGGCUAAUGAUAACUCAGCAAGAUUUGAAACCAAUGAUAUUGAAAGCAAUGGUACUGUUUUAGAUGUAAACAAAGAUUCCUCCCAAGAAUCUACACACUCCUAUGUUCCUUUCUUGCAAAAGUCGAUAGGAGAGGUUGUGGGAACAUAUUUCUUGAUAUUUGCUGGAUGUGCUUCGAUUAUUGUGAACAACAACCAUGACAACGUUGUCACGCUUGCUGGUAUUGCGAUUGUCUGGGGACUUACUUUGUUGGUGUUGAUUUACUCUCUCGGUCAUAUAUUCGGUGCUCAUUUCAAUCCUGCUGUUACCAUUGCUUUUGCUAGCACAAGGAGGUUUCUAUUAAUAGAGGAUGAUCAUUGAUACAGGAGAGGCCUUCGACUAGCAAAUGCAGCAUACAUGUUGCCCCAUCGUUAGAGGGCCGCUUCGAGCGAUGAUGUCAAACUGUUUUGUCCAACCGUGAAUUUGCCAAGAAGCGAUCAAUUCAUCCAAAGAAAACCUUAAUUGUAUCACAACUGUGGUACCGUCGACGAAAGAUAAGUGACUCUCUUUGCUCAUUGGUUAACAAUUCAGUCUGUCUUUAGUUCUGAAUCUAAAGCUCUUGAUAUUGUGCAGGACUUGAAGCGAACGAAUUCUGUGACGGUAACUUACUAUGAAUAAUCUUCACCAGAAAUCGUAGAAAGAAGGUUACAGUGGAAAGGAACUGGAUUCUCAUGUAAAAGAAAAUAAUACAUUCACAUUUCAAAGGGGACAACUUUUUUUUUUAGGAAGAAGAUUAUGCUUUUAGUCUUGCAGCAUAUGUUAAUGUUCAAUUUUGAUCUCUAAAGUGUAUAUAAAAAUAUUUUAAUCACCAUACUCAUGGAAUCCACUGCAAAGAUUAGUUUAGUCAUUUGAUUUUAUGUUAGGAAAAGUCUAUCUCCAUGUACUGUGGCUUAAAUUAGUUAGUUAUUUGAUCAGAUUUUGAUAUAUUUGAUCAGAUUUCAUUAGAUUGUUUUUUGGCAUUAUAUACACUAACACUUUUGUUUCAUUUGGAAUUCCUACUUUUGAGGCUUAUGAUCUAGAAGAAGUAUGUAAAGGCCAAAUUUUUAGAAACAAAUGUAUUAUUCUGAAUUGAAUUGUCAAUAAUACUGAGAUAUGAUAAUUGACCAUAUAGCUUAUUAUAAAAGUUGAUUAACAUUUAAUUUUGUCAUUGUAUGCACUUGAUUUAUGUUUUAAGGGAGGAUCGAGGAAAUUCAAUCUAUUU